UGAAUGAAUCAUCAGCCUUGGCUGCUUCUCCAAGUAAAAAAAAAACCUUAAGCCCUCUUUAAAAAAUCCCUAAAUUCCAAUAAGAAGCAGAGCAAUCAGAGUUGACGGAUCUUUAAAUCGGAAGAAUGGGUUUGACGAAUUUCAUAGCGACGGUGGUUGGAGUAGGCGCCGUGGUGUUGUUAUUGAAGGGUGACGUCAAGCAAACUGCCACCGUCGUAAGGCGUAACGUCAAGCACAUCCGCCACUGGCUCGAAGAAGAAUCCUCCGCCGCCUCCAAGUCGGCAGCUGAGGCCAUAAAACCAAAGGAAAUAGAGACAAAGAUUCCGAAGAAGGACAUUCCAAAAGACAAGGAUUAAGUGUGCCACUAUAGAUAUAAUACUACCAAGAGUCUUUGUUAGAGUCGGAUUUAUGACUUCGGUUUCAACACUAUUGUCUACUUAACUAUUUUUUAGCUGAGGUUUGUUGGUUUUUAUGUUUUAAAGGGGGUUUUUUUGUAUCGAUCUCACCUCUUUAACGUUUAAAGCAUUCUUGAAAGCUAAACACAAUAAUAUAUUAUCUCUGUCUUUUCAAUU